AUGACCCUUCGUUUGCUGUUCAGACUUGUCUCCUGUCUCCUCGCUGUUAUGAAGUACGUGUCUCCUUUCUGUCUCCUUUACAGUAUGUGUCUCCAUUAUGUGUCUCCUUUGUGUCUCCUUUUUGCGAAGCGUUUGUACGGAGGCGUUGAUUUGCUGAGUUACGGUGAAUGGGCGGUGAUAACGGGGGCCUCAGACGGCAUAGGCAGAGCUUUAGCUAGCCAGCUAGCCAAGCGAGGGUUUAAGAAGAUUCUUCUUAUUGCUAGAAAUGAUAAUAAACUCAAAGAUGUUGCUACAGAGCUGGAGCUAGUUGCGCCGACUCCGGUGAAGGUUUCUCGUUUGAUUAUAGAUUUUGCUGCUGAGUCGGCUGAGGAGAUAUUUAAGAAAGUAUCUGAGGCAGUAAAGGGACAGCAAAUUGAGAUGAAGGCGCGGAAGAAGGGUUUAAUUGUUUGCGUAGGGAGUGGGGCCUCAGAGCUGCCUUCAGAUCCUCUCUAUGCUGCUUAUGCUGCAACGAAAGGAGCAUCGGAGGCCUUCUGUCGCUCUCUACAAGUAUGCUGCAACGGCAUUGAGGUGUAUGAGCAGGGCUCGCAGCUGCUGCCACCCCACAGUGUCUCCGCACUGGUCGCAUGCAGCAGCACUUUGUGUCUCCAAUCUGCUUCCUCGGAAGGUGUGGGGUAA